AUGCCGUUCAAGAAGAUAGUUCGUGAGCUAAGGGGUCGUAACAAAGGCGUUGGUAGGCGAGGAAGGUCCCACAUUGCGCCUGAAGGAUCUUCUUCUGCGCCUUCCUCUCCAUCUCCAUCUCCAUCGGCUGAUGAACAGAGCAUUUGGGUUGAUUUGCCUCCUGAGUUGCUUCUUGACAUCAUCAAUCGGAUUGAGUCUGGACAGACUUUAUGGCCAGGGAGGAGAGACGUUGUUGCUUGCGCCUCCGUUUGUAGGUCGUGGAGGGAGAUGACUAAACACGAAGUUGUUAAAGUUCCUGAGCUCUCUGGUUUGCUCACUUUCCCUGUUUCCUUAAAACAGCCUGCUCCUAGAGAUGCUCCGAUUCAAUGCUUUAUCAAACGGGAAAGAGCCACUGGAAUAUACCGUCUCUAUCUCGGUUUAAGCCCAGCUCUUUCCGGCGACAAGAGCAAGCUCUUACUCUCAGCUAAGAAAGUCAGGAGGGCGACCGGUAUGGAGUUUGUUAUAUCCUUGUCCGGUAAUGACUUCUCAAGAAGUAGCAGUUGUUACAUAGGGAAACUAAGAUCUAAUUUCCUUGGGACUAAGUUCACGGUCUACGAAAACCAACCUCCUCCGGUUAAUUCCCAAAGAUUGUCCAACCGGAAACUACCACCAUCGAUGCGUGUGUCUCCAUGGGUAUCAUCGUCUACUCAUAGUUACAACAUGGCUUCGAUCUUGUAUGAGCUGAAUGUCCUCAGAACUAGAGGUCCAAGAAGAAUGCAAUGUAUCAUAAACAGCAUCCCAGUUUCGUCCAUUCAAGAAGGCGGACAAGUGCAUCCUCCGACCGAGUUCACAAACCAAGGAAAUAAGAAGAACAAGAAGUCGAUGAUUGAUUUAUGCACAGGGAACAUGGGUGGUGAAUCUGUUGUAAAGGAACCAUUAGUCCUCAAAAACAAGUCACCGAGAUGGCACGAGCAGCUCCAGUGCUGGUGUCUAAACUUCAAAGGACGAGUCACGGUCGCCUCAGUGAAAAACUUCCAGCUAAUUGCAGCUGCUGCAGAAGCAGGGAAGAACAUGAACAUACCAGAGGAGGAGCAAGAGAGAGUUAUAUUACAGUUUGGGAAGAUUGGGAAAGACAUUUUCACCAUGGAUUAUCGUUACCCCAUCUCUGCAUUCCAAGCAUUUGCCAUUUGUUUAAGCAGCUUUGACACGAAGCCUAUGAAAGCUUUUGUGAGAGGAUUAUUAGCAAGAGCUAAUCUUGAGGUGCCAAACAUUCAGAGGAAAUGGGCAUGGAAGGAAACAGCCGGUUUUGGAGGCGUUACUUCGCCUCCUCCGCCGCCGGAGAAAGGGUUGGAUAAUCUGACGGUGGCGGAUGUCUUGUUGACAAAAGACACUGACGACGGUGGCGGCAAAGUUGACACGUUGAUCUCCUGCCGUACAAAUGACACCGUUUUUGACGCCGUUACGAAUAUGGCUAAGCAUAAUAUUGGAUCGUUGGUCGUACUAAGACCUGGAGACCAGGAAUGCAUCGCAGGAAUUGUCACAGAGAGAGACUAUAUGAAAAAGAUCAUCGGGGCGGGAAGAUCAUCAAAGGUUACAAAAGUUGGAGAAGUUAUGACAGACGAGAGCAAGUUGGUCAGUGUUUCUUCGGGGACAAGCAUAAUCAAAGCAAUGCAGCUUAUGUCAGAGAAUCAUAUAAGACAUGUACCGGUGAUUGACGGAAAGAUAGUGGGGAUGAUCUCUAUGGUUGAUGUCGUUAGAGCAAUUGUGGACCAUCAAAAUGGCGAGCUCAAGCGCUUGAAUCAGUUCAUCAAAGGAGACUAUUACUAG